GCAGGUGGAAUCAAACCGGAAGUGUGAUGCUCCUCGUCCUCAAAGAUGGAUCUUCCCUCUGUGUAGAGUGAGAUAAACACAAAGAAAUGAGAGACAAACACGCAGCGGCUCAGUGAGAACAUGAAAUGUGUUAUAAUUGAACAUCCGGGUACUAGUAAUGAUAGAUAAAUUGUUCCUGAAGACGAGCAGAAUGGAUUUUAGCAGAGCCGACGGAGGCUCGUACACGGAUAAUCUCAUUGGGACUUUACUUGCUAUUUUUGGGAAUGUGCUCGUCAGCAUCUCCUUAACACUUCAGAAACACAGCCAUGUGACGUUAGCAGGAACCAAGGACCCACGUGCCUUCUACCGCACUAAAACCUGGUGGUUUGGUUUUGCAUUCACCUGCCUCGGGGAGGGAGCCAACUUUGUCUCGUACGCCUUCGCUCCCCUCGCUCUUGUGGCGCCGCUCAACGCCGUUUCUGUUAUAACAAGCUCAAUCUUGGGCCUCAUUUUCCUACGUGAGAAAUCGAAGCCGAGGGACUUUGCAAGGCGCUACGGGCUUUCCUUCCUGGGCCUCAUCCUGACCACAGGAGGAACUUACCUGUUUGUUGCAUUCGGACCAAACUCCCAUGAGAAGCUUCAAGCAGAGAACAUCGUGAAGCACCUUGUGGGAUGGCCUGUUCUCUUGUACCUGCUCCUGGAGAUCAUCAUGUUCUGCCUGCUCUUGUACUUCUACAAACAGCACCGUGCUCACUACGUCGUUGUUGUUCUGAUGCUGGUCGCUCUUCUUGGCUCCAUCACAGUCAUCACAGUAAAGGCGGUGUCAGGCAUGCUGGUUCUCUCGUCCGAGGGCACCAUGCAGCUGGACUACCCGAUCUUCAGUGUCAUGUUUGUGUGCAUGGUAGCUUCAGUGAUCUUCCAGGCAAAUUUUCUUUCCCAAGCUUGCAAACUGCAUGACUCCUGCCUGAUUGCCAGCGUCAACUACAUCCUCUCCACCGUGUUUGCAGUGGUAGCUGGAGCUGUGUUCUACCUUGAGUUUAAGAAUGAAGACAUCCUUCACAUCUGCAUGUAUUUGUUGGGAACUGCUUUCUGUUUCCUUGGAGUUUAUCUCAUCACCAAAAACAGGAAAAAGAGCAAGUCCUUUGAGCCAUAUGUCACUAUGGAUAUGGCAAAUGGCGUGCCGGUCAUUCAUGACAAAGGUCUGGUCGUUCAGCCCGACUUCAACGGUUCCUUCUCUUACGGAGCGCUGGUCAACAAUGACGGAGUGGCCCCCGCUGCCCUGCCUGUCAAACUGGAGCAACCACCAGUCAGAUCCAGAUCCCCUGAUGGAUCUCAUGGCCACCCUGACCUAAAGACAGAUUAAGCAAGAACAUUUUCAUUUUUAUUCCAUUUAACUGUCGACAACAUUCAAGGACUUUGAAAGCUAAAGAUCGGUAUGUUCCGCACAUGUACACAAGACACAACCUCCAGCCCCCAGUAGCUGGUGUCCACUGGGUGUUAAUGAUGUUCUCUGCCGGGCCUUACACUCCUCUUCACACCCAUUCCUUUCUCUGAAAUCUUGACACCAAUACACGGCCGUGAAAAGCAUUCCUUUUUAAAGAUGUCAGCUGUAUUCAUUCAACAACAAAAAUGUACAUUAGAAACUGGAUGCUCAGACGCUCUGUCACAUGGACUCAGAAAUAUGACAGCAGAGACGGGAUCAGUGUUGUGCCUUUAAGCGCCCUGCUUUUACUCUUACUAGCUUUCAGAUAGACGACUCAUGAUCGUGCAUUUAAAGCAAUUUUGUUCCAAUUUCGCUCGUUAUGGAAAAUUAUCGGAUCCGUUCUUCCACUUUGGAUUGUUGUUACACCUCAAAGUUCAGGUUAAUACUGUAUAAAUGUUAUAUAAUGUAGCUGUUUCUGAAGACUUGCCAAUUAACGUCUUGACUUUUAAAGUAUUACGUCUAACGGGAGCAGAUUUCACUCCACAAUAUCCUGCCUCUUCUUCUUUUUCUUCUUCUUGGACUUCUUUGUAUUACUGCUUUUUCCUGAUGUGACCAAACAAGGGGUGCAAUUACUCUAAUUUAUUCUAAUUUAUUUAUACUCGUGUGCCUUAAAUGAAGCUGUGCACAGGAUAAAUCACUGUGAUAUACCAACCUGCGGAGGUGAGGGAAGCAUCACUGAAGUAGUUCAGCUGUAUUGGAAGGCAACUGUGAUCUGUCACUGCCUUCUGGGUUAAAAAAGACCUGAAACCUUUUAGGGCGCACUCACACUAGGCGCAGUUGUCCCGUACGGUUCUUAAACACGAUUGCCCCGCUGGCCUGCACUCACACUGCUCCAGGACUAACCGGGCCUGAGCAUGGUUACCUCUUGUACAUAACGUCGUAAUACAACACAUGCAUGGCUUUACGUAUUAUGAAGUGUGCUUAGUUUACAAGAUAGGCGGACUUGAAAGUAUAUAUUUUAAAAAAAGGGACGCGCAGUUGAGUCAGAGAACUCCACAGAGAAUAUGACAGCUGCUUUACUGACUUUUCGCUUAUUCUAAGUCAUGUUAUUCAGAUACAACCAUUAAACUCCAGGAUUUCUCAAUAAUGAAGGCUGUCCACGUUGUGCACCCGUGCUUGUGCUUGUGCAUGAACUGUAUCGUGCCGAUGCAAACCUCUUCCAAGCAGGCCAGGGCCAAGAAAGUGUACCGAGCUUGACUCAAACGAGCAUGGUACAGAUUGCCUAGUGUGAGUGCUCCCCUAAAAGGAAAGUUGAUUACACUGUUGAUAACUUAAAAACAAAUGAAGUGAACCGUUUCUGCAUGUCGGCAUUAACCAUAAAUGGUUAACAUUAACACUGUAAGUAUGAAAAUCCAGCUGUUAAAGUCUGUAGUGUAUGUUUCUUUUUAAUGGAUUUGAAAUACCUUUUUCUUCUUUAAUGUGAUGCCUUUGAGUUUCUGCUGACAAAUUCAAUAAUUCUUUAAAUACAUGUUUCACUUAUCUGUAAUCAAACAUGGUGAUCAUUCAGCAAUAAUUAAAAUAUCUAUCAAGCACCCUAUGAUUAAAUACUCCAUUGGGGGUUUAAUUUCUGUAUAAAUUAGUAUGUAUACACGGCUCCAUAUGAGACAAUGUAUUUCCGCAGUGUUAAUAAAGCACAACGCCUUUUCUCAGUA